AUGCCCGGCGUCCGCACCGUCCUCGGCCUCCUGGCGGCCCUAGCGGCCUGUGGCGCGGUCGCCUUCCUCGGCUACUGCGUCUACUUCGACCGGAAGCGGCGUGGCGACCCCGCGUUCAAGCGCCGCCUGCGGGAAAAAAGAAGAACCCAGCAGCGAAAGGCUGAGGGCCGGGGCGCCCAGUUGUGGGAUACAGCAAAGAAUGAAAAAUUACAGCAACUUUUUCUGCAAGAGGUACGAAUGGGAGAACUUUGGUUAUCCAGAGGAGAGCAUCGAAUGGGGGUUGAACAUCUUAGCAAUGCCCUUUUGGCGUGUGGGCAACCACAGGAACUUCUGAAAGUUUUCAAACACACACUUCCUCCCAAGGUAUUUGAGAUGCUGUUGCGCAAAAUUCCCCUUAUUUGCCAGCAAUUUGAGGCAGACAUGAAUGAACAGGAAUACUUGGAGGAUGAUCCUGACUGA